CAGUAUGACAUGCAGAUGAGUGCCGGGUCGAUCUUAGAAUCACCGCACAUUUCACUCAUUUGGCCAGUCACGGGGCCAAAACCAGUGUUUGGAGCCACAGUGUGCGGUGGAGGCAGCAGCAAUGGGAGGCCAUACAGCAACCUAUGACAAAAUGGAAACCCAGCAGGAGUGUGAGGAGACCUGAAAGUGGCACAUGGCAGAGUGGGAGCAAUGGGAGGCGGGAGCAAUGGGAGGUGGUACAGGGACCCAGGUCACACUGUGGGACCAGCAUCAGCGGCAUGAGGAGUCGGUACGGGGGCCCAUGGCAGAUUACGUGCCUGGCAGCAGCAAUGGGAGGCCCGUAAUCUGCCAGCACCCUAUGUCAAAAAAUUGAACACACCAGCAGUGUGAGGAGACCUCAAAGUGGCACAU